UCGCGCAUGUGGGCGCUCCGCUCGCUGCUGCUGCUGCGGUCCGUGGCCGGGCGCACCAUGUCGCAGGGACCCGCCCGCCGCCAGCGGCCGCCCAAGGACCCGCUGAGGCACCUGCGCACGCGAGAGAAGCGUGGCCCAUCGUGGGAGCCCGGGGGCCCGAACACCGUGUACCUGCAGGUGGUGGCGGCCGGCGGCAGGGACGUGGGCGCGGCGCUCUACGUCUUCUCCGAGUACAACCGGUAUCUCUUCAACUGUGGAGAAGGUGUCCAGCGACUCAUGCAGGAGCACAAGCUGAAGGUAUCUCGUUUGGACAACAUAUUCCUGACCCGAAUGCACUGGAGUAAUGUUGGGGGAUUGUGUGGAAUGAUUCUUACUUUAAAGGAAACCGGGCUUCCAAAGUGUGUACUUUCUGGACCUCCUCAACUGGAAAAAUACCUAGAAGCUAUCAAAAUAUUUUCUGGUCCAUUGAAAGGAAUAGACCUGGCUGUGCGGCCCCACUCUGCGCCAGAAUAUAAGGAUGAGACCAUGACGGUGUUCCAGGUCCCCAUACACAGUGAACAGAAGUUUGGAAAUCACCAGCCAUCGCAGAGCCCAGAAAGGUUCAGUCCAGAGCAGUCUUCAGACUCUGCAUCAUCUGAAAAUGAUCAGCACUUUCCAGAUGGUGUUAGCCAGAGAAAGGGUGGCAGGGACCCCUCCUUGGUCGUAGCUUUCGUCUGUAAGCUUCACUUGAAGAAAGGAAACUUCCUGGUGCUCAGGGCCAAAGAGUUGGGGCUCCCAGUUGGGACGGCUGCCAUCGCCCCCAUCAUCGCUGCUGUCAAGGACGGGAAGAGUGUCACCUUCGAGGGAAGAGAGAUUUUGCCUGAAGAGAUCUGUACUCCUCCGGAUCCCAGUCUUGUUUUUGUUGUGAUCGAAUGUCCAGACAAAGGAUUCAUCCAACCCAUCUGUGAGAAUGCUGCCCUCCAGAGGUACCAAGGGAGUGCCGAUGCCCCCGUGGCCCUGGUGGUGCACAUGGCCCCGGAGUGUGUGCUUGCCGACGGCAGAUACCAGCAGUGGAUGGAGAGGUUCGGGCCUGACACCCAGCACCUGAUCCUGAACGAGAAUUGUACGUCAGUGCACAACCUCCGUAGCCACAAGAUCCAGACACAGCUCAACCUCAUCCACCCCGACAUCUUCCCCCCGCUCGCCAGCCUCCGCUGUAAGGAAGAAGGUGCUGCCUUCUCUGUGCCCACCGUCCGCGGUGAAUGCCUCCUCAAGUACCAGCUCCGUCCCCGGAGAGAGUGGCAGAGGGAUGCCCUUAUUACUUGCAAUUCUGAUGAAUUCAUAGCCGAGGCCCUGGAGCUCCCCAAUUUCCAAGAGAGCGUGCAGGAAUACAGGAAGACUGCAACGGACGUCCCCGUCGCAGCAGAUAAUAAAAGCCAGUAUCCAGAAAUCAUCUUCCUGGGAACAGGGUCUGCCAUCCCGAUGAAGAUUCGAAAUGUCAGCGCCACACUUGUCAACAUCAGCUCCGACAAGUCCUUGCUGCUGGACUGUGGUGAGGGCACGUUCGGGCAGCUGUGCCGUCACUUCGGAGACGACGUGGACAGGGUCCUGGGCACCCUCGCUGCUGUGUUCGUGUCCCACCUGCACGCGGACCACCACACGGGCUUGUUAAAUAUCCUGCUGCAGAGAGAACGAGCUUUGGCAUCCCUGGGAAAGCCCUUCCACCCUUUGCUGGUGGUCGCCCCCACCCAGCUCAAGGCCUGGCUCCAGCAGUACCACAACCAGUGUCAGCAGCUCCUGCAUCACGUCAGUGUGAUCCCUGCCAAAUGCCUUCAGAAAGGAGCUGAGGUCUCCAGUCCCACAGUUGAAAAGUUGAUUAGUUCGCUGCUGAGAAUCUGUGACUUAGAAGAGUUUCAGACCUGCCUGGUGCGGCACUGCAAGCAUGCCUUCGGCUGCGCGCUGGUCCACACGUCCGGCUGGAAACUGAUCUACUCGGGGGACACCAUGCCCUGCGAGGCUCUGGUCCAGAUGGGGAGAGACGCUACCCUCUUGAUUCAUGAGGCCACCCUGGAAGACGGCCUAGAAGAGGAAGCCGUGGAAAAGACACACAGCACUACCUCCCAGGCGAUUGGCGUGGGCACGCGGAUGAACGCCGAGCUCAUCAUGCUGAACCACUUCAGCCAGCGCUACGCCAAGAUCCCCCUCUUCAGCCCUGACUUCAACGAGAAAGUUGGGAUUGCCUUCGACCACAUGAAGAUUUGCUUCAGGGACUUCCCCACGGUGCCCAAGCUGACGGCCCCGCUGAAAGCCCUGUUUGCCGGCGACAUCGAGGAGAUGGAGGAGCGCAGGGAGAAGAGGGAGCUGCGGCUGGUGCGGGCGGCCCUCCUCUCCCGGGAGCCGGUGGGCGGCCCUGAGGACCGCGAGCUCCAGCAGAAACGGGCCCGUGCUGAGGGUCCCCUGAGCCCACAGAGCAAGAAGGUCAGGGCAAAGUGAAUUCAGGUCCAGGCGUGACCCUGAACUCGGAAGGCUCACGUCCUGCACCCCACAC